GUAUCGGUGUGGUGAAACAACCAACAGUUUGUUAUCAAUUUCGAGUCCCAUACAGAUUAUUCUGCUCGUAAUACCUAAACUAAACAGCACACGGUUAAGCAGGCAGCAGAGCUACAAAAACGCGAGUGUGAAAUAUUUCAAGCGGAAAAUUCCCCCAAACCACGCGGUCCGAUCCCCGUCGUCGUUGUCGAAAUAAUAAAUGUCUAUGUCUAUGUCUAAACACCUACGUACACGUUUAAAAAUCAUGAAUAUCUAGACACAAUAUAGAGACGCGAACAAAUUAAUUUUAUCGGCUCCGCGUUCAGUCGAAAGGCAAAAAAUGUCCCAUCGAUCGGUAAUCGUGGCUAUUUUCGUGGCUCUUUCGACCAUCGCCUUCGUGUCGCAGGGAGAGGCUGUUUCGACGCAUCCUAUUAUCGUGAUCUUCGGAUUCGAUGGAUUUCGAUACGAUUACCUGAAACGUGGACUGAAUCCGGUCCUUAAGGAUAUCACCGAACGGGGAGUAAGUACGGAUUUCCUCAUGAAUGUCUUCCCUACUAAAACGUUUACCAAUUUUUUCUCCAUUGCGACUGGAAUGUACGCGGAAGCCCACGGUGUGCUGGCCAAUAAGGUGUUUAGUGAGAAUGGUACGUGUUUGAAGUAUAGCUACGAGAUGUUCCAUUAUAACGAAGAUAUUGUGCCAAUAUGGACAUUAAACGAAAAAACAGGCGAAGGGCGUCACAGCGGCUGUAUGAUGUGGCCCGGUUGCGAUUACCCGUACCAAAAUAUAAACUUGACGUAUUUUCAAAAAUACAACAACACCAUAAAAUGGACCGAUCGAAUAGAUAUGAUGAUGACCUGGCUACUUGAUCCGGAAAAGCCUAUGAAUUUACUCAACGCUUACUUCGAGCAACCUGACGCUAUCGGCCACGCUUUUGGACCAUAUUCGGAAAAAACCAACGAAAAAUUGAAACAGGUCGAUGAAAUAUUGCUGUAUUUCUUCGAAAAAUUAAACCAGCAACCGGAACUGAAAGAUAGGAUUAAUUUGAUCGUGCUCAGCGAUCACGGAAUGGUGGAAAUAAAAACCGACAAGAUUAUUAACAUAUCUGCUUUGAUGGAUCCGGAGACAUACACGAAAUGCGGAGACUCUCCAGUGAUUCAGAUACUUCCCAAGCCAGGUUUCGAAGACGCGAUUUAUCAAAACUUGACUUUAUCAGCGCAAAACAAUAAAACGUUUAAAAUAUACAAGAAGGAAGAAAUGCCGGACUUUUGGUAUUGGAAAAAUAACCGUAGAAAUAUCGGACUGUACGCGGCGUCCAAUCCAUGUUACUCAUUCGACGAUAAUCCAACACAAAAAGGUAAUCACGGAUACGUCCCUGGGUUGAAAAAUAUGCGAGCUUUUUUCACAGCGAUCGGGCCAAUAUUCCGACAACCUACUCACGUGACUUGGCUGCAUAAUAUAGAUAUAUAUCCGUUAAUAUCUUACGUUUUGAAACUGGAAUCACCUCCAGAACACGUUAAACCGAACGGUACAUUGGCCAAGAUUAAGUAUAUUUUGAAAGAUGAUUAGCUAGGAUGAAAUAAACUCUCUCCAAAGCGUAA